AUGAGUCCAUCCUCCUUUUUUUGUAUUCCAGUCUACCGUAGCUCCAAUUACAAGAAUUGUUUGUUUACGAGACAACAUAGACGAAGGCAAAAUAAAGACAUCAUCAGUGACUUGAGCGAUUGUCUUCUGAUUCAUAUAUUAUCCUUUUUGAACGCUAAAGAGGCUGUUCAAACCUGUAUUUUGUCCAAAAGAUGGAUUUUUCUCUGGAAGAGUCAUCCCAAUCUUACACUAAGUUCUUCACUCUUUAGGUUCCCGCCAAACUUGAAUGAAUUUCUGUCUCAGAUUUUGUCUCUUCGCGACGUCUCAACCUCCAUCCACACUCUCAAUUUGAGCUAUCAACAUGACCUGGAGUUGAGCCUACUCCAAAGGAUAAUCCAAUACGCUGUUUCACACAAUGUUCAACACUUACUGCUCGAUUACAGUUGUUACAUUGAAUAUUUCCCAUCUUGCUUCUUUUCAUCUCACACUUUAACAUCUCUUCAUCUUUCUGCUCACAAAAGCUAUAUUUUUAGCAUACAUAAACCCAAAUUUCCAAAUUCUUUGAAUUGGCCAGCAUUAACCACCUUGUAUCUCAAGGGCUUUGCUUUUGCUCCAAGUCAUUAUGAUUGUGUUUCUGUAGACCCCUUUUCCGGACUUAAAGUGUUGAAUACUUUGACCAUUGACAAUUGUAUAGUUUUAGCUGCACAAAACCUUUGCAUAUCAAGUGUCAAGCUUGUCAAUUUAAGUAUACUUAUGUGGCCCUUUAAGUGUUUCAAUUUUGGAAUCGAGCUAUAUACUCCAAGUCUUCAUACCCUUACUUUAACCGGUCAUUAUACUCCAAAUAUUUUUGGGAGCAAGAGUGUUCUCUCUUCUAUCAAACAAGUAAGUAUUGAUUUAAGUUCUUAUCUCCCGGACCCAAUUCUACUCAAUUUGCUGGUUAAGCUUGCUAAUAUCGAAUCAUUGGCUUUCUAUUCACAUACUCUUGAGGUUCUUUCCUCGGUUCCUGAUUUAUUGAAGGCUGAGUUUCAUUCCUUGCGUAACUUGAAGUCAUUGAAAAUGACAAUUCCCAGCUAUCAUUCAUCUACUAUAACUCCUUACAUGAAGGUGGCCUUCUUGAUUAAGAACUCACGCUCGGCAAAGGUUGAAAUGAUUAGUUUAUAA